CAAGACCAUAUAUGAUAUACCCCUCUCCCUCUCCUUUCUCCUCUCACUCUGUGCCACUCUCUUCUUCUUUGUUUAAUAGCAGUACUAGUAGCAGCUACUACACAAUCUCUCUCUCUCUCUCUUUCUCUCUUUCUCUCUCUCCAUCUCUGAAAUAGAGGAAAUGUUAAAGUCCACUCUCCACCGCUUCUGAAUCCACUCUUUUUCUCUCUUUCUUUCGUGUCUGAAAGACUGAAACUUUUGGCUCUCUGGGUUGCUGUUGCUGUUGCUGUUGUCUCUCUCAAGAUUCAGGUGAGAAAGAGAUAGAGAGAGAGAGAGAGAGAGUCACAUUUUGGGUGGUUUGGGGAAACCCCACCGGAGAAAACAACAGAUAUACAAGCAAAGAAGCUCUUUUUUUUUCUGGGGUUCUAAGCGCUAAUUUGCAGCUCAGAUCUACAGCCUCUCAAUCCCCAUUCCCUCAUUUCUUGUCUGUUUCCUCCUGGGUUGCUGUCCUGAGGCUUAAAAAUGAGUAAAGAAGAGUUCCUGAAGAUCCAGACUUGUGUCCUAAAAGUCAAUAUACACUGUGAUGGCUGCAAGCAUAAAGUGAAGAAGAUCUUACAGAAGAUUGAAGGGGUUUACAAGAUCGGAAUUGAUUCGGAGUCCGGCAAGGUCACCGUCUCCGGCAACGUGGACCCGGCGACUCUGAUCAAGAAGCUUACCAAGCAUGGAAAGCAUGCUGAAUUGUGGGGUGCCCCUAAGGGGGGUAAUAACGCUCAGAAUCAGUUGAACAAUCAGAUGAAGAAUAUGCAGAUUGAGGGGGGUGGUGGUAAAGGUGGGAAUAACGGCAAGGGGCAAGGGCAGAAGGGUAAUUGCACUCCGGGGCAGGGGCAGGGGCAGGGGGGCAAAAGUGGAAAUCCGGUAAUGCCGACCCCGCAGCAGCUUCAGCAGCUGCAACAUCUGCAACAGUUGAAGGCUCUGCAGGAUAUGAAACUGCCGCCGCAGUUUAAGGAUUUGAAGAUUCCGAUGAACGGAAUGCCCGGGUUUGUCGGGAAGGCGGCGCCGAAUGCCAAGGCGGGGGUUCCGGGGAAGCAGAGCUUGCCGCCGGAGGAGGAUGAUUUGAGUGACGAUGAGUUUGACGAUGACGAUUUGGAUGAUGAGUAUGACGACGAUGAUUUUGAUGAAUUUGAUGAGAUGCCGCCGCCGCUGCAGCUUCCGCAGAAUAAGAUGAAGCCGAUUAUGGGCGGUGGCGGAGGUGGUGGUGGUCAGAUGAUGCCUAAUAUGAUGCAUGUUGGGAAUGGAGGCGGCGGCGCUGGUGGUGGUGGUGGAGGGAAUGGUAAGAAGCCCGGAGGUGGCGGUGGCGGAAAUGUUCCUGUUCAGAUGAACGGCGGAGGGGGUGGUGGCGGGAAUAAUAACGGUGGUAAGAAAGGUGGCGGCGGUGGUGGUGGUGGUAAUGGGAACGGUGGAUCUGCACAAAAGGGUGGCAAGAAUGGUGGGGGUAACCCCGGUAAGCCACAAGAUGGGAAGAACAAUGGCGGUGGCGGUGGUCAGAAUAAGGGAGCGGGUGGUGGCGGCGUUGGUGGCGGCGGUGGUGGUGGUAAUCAUAAUGGUAAUGGGAAGAAAGGUGGUGGGAUGAAUGAUGGGCUACCAGGCAUGCCAAAAAUGAUGCCAAUGAAUGCCGGAGGAGCUGGUGUGGGCCCAAUGGGGAGUAUGCCCAUGGGUCAAAUGGGCCAUCAGAUGGGCCCAAUGGGUAGUCUCCCAAUUGGCCAGAUGGGCCAGCUACCGGCAGUCCAAGGCCUGCCUGCCGCCGCCAUGGGCGGUGGCGGUGGUGGUGGCUACUUCCACCAAGGGGGUGCCACCGGCCCCGAUCACCCAGCCGGAAACCCCUACCACCAGCAACAACUCGCCGCCAUGAUGAUGAACCAACAACGGGCCAAUGGCAACGAGAGGUUCCAGCCGAUGAUGUACGCCCGCCCCCCACCCGCCGUCAACUACAUGCCGCCUUACCCUUACUACCCUUACCCUCCUCCCCCUCCAAGUGACAACUACAGCACCUUCUUUAGUGAUGAGAACACCUCAAGUUGCAGUGUGAUGUGAAGAAUCCGGCGCCCCCGGGGGCCGGGAGCCAGAAUUUGCCCUAGUCCCGGUGGUCGAUGUGUCGGUGCCGGUGGUAUUGGAGUGGUUGGUUAGUGUUAUAAACAGUCCAAUGACUAGCUAGCUAGUUCUCUUAAUGCCCAUUAUAUACAAGAAAAUGAAUUUUCCCCUUUAAUUAUAUUUGCUGUUUAUUAUUAAGGCUUAGUUUUCACCCCAUUUUUCUUCUUUGUUUACCCUAAAAUUUCCCUUUUCCCUUUGUAAUCCUAAGCUUUAGAUUAGGGGUUUUAUGAUAGGGAAGAAGUCUCCAUUUGUAAGUGGGAUAUUUGAGUUAUGUGUCUCUAAAGGUCAAUGGAGAUGUUUGUAUAUGCUUUUAUAAACUCAACAAAUGCCAAAAAGUUGACA